CUCCCUCAAAGCUUGUCUUUUUGAGGAAUGGGGGCCACUAGGUUGCAAAUGCCAAGGGACAAGUUUGCCUCCAGUACCCGAACUGCCCAGCACACCAGCAGGCAGGAAUCAACUAAGGCAGACAAAGGCUCAGAGGGAGGUCAGGGAACCAGAGGCCUCAGUGGUGAUAAACACUCCACCCAGAAACCAGUUCCAGGAGGUGCCAUCCAGAGCUGCAUUCAUUAAUCAUUGACCGCCGGCCACAGGGAGGGAGCAGCCAGUGUGGCAGUUCCAGCCUCAGGACAUUUCAGUUCUGGGCAGGUCCUCUCAGGACAUGUCACAUGGGCACGGAAGAGUCUCUUCCUCCCACCCCAAAUCUGUCAGAAUCUCGCGGAAGACGACUCAGCACAUGGAAUGUGAGCAGCUUCCCGAAAUGACAUCACAAAAGGGUAGAACACAGCUGAGGGGCUAUGUAUGAAAGGUGGAAAGUGAACUUGGUUGCUAGGCAACUGAGUCUAGCCCACCUUUGUUUGCUUUGGCGAUAGCAAUGAGACCUGCCUGGUCUGGGCCACCUGGCAAUGAGACUAGCUUUAUUCACAACAGUGGCUUCACUGAGUCAAAGCGCAAGUCUGUUCACCUGGUGGCCUCCUCAGCUCACGUCUUCCAAGCGUGAAGACUGAAGGAUUCCCCCAAGCUGCCCUCUCUCAGGACACAAGAGUGCUAACAGCAGAAUCAGAUUUACAUGGAUAAACUGACAAAAGAGAAGCAAAAGUGGAAUGAUGAGUACUGGCUGAACCCCUGGGACCAAGGGGGUCUCAUAGUGAUCUGCUUGUUCAUCUCCAUGGUCAUGUUUCUCAUCUUGUUUGCUGUUAUCUUUGGUGUCCUCCCUCCAUGUAACAAGGACAAGUAUGAAGAGGAGUGACCUGACUUUGAGGGGGCCAAGAAGGGGGCUCUCAAAACACCAUGUUUCUUUUCUUCCAAGCCCCUUUAAUGAUCUGGAAUUAUAUAUAUUUAUAUUUAUGGGAUUAUCUGAUAAUUGCCUGUAGUCCCCACUGGAUGGGUCUCUGUUCACCCUCAUGCUCCCUAUCAUGUCCGAUGUGCAGGACAUAAAGUCAAAAUUAAUAGCUGCUGGUUAAAUAAAUGAGAAUGAACAACUGA